ACUGCAAAUUUACCAGAAGUGGCACAAUUAACGUUUGUCUCGGAAAUGACCCACUGUGAGUUAUUUGGACUGUAUAUUGUUUGACAUUUGACCUCGUAUUCUCCCUCCUUCCUCAAGAACCUACCAGUUAUGUAAUUGUCUUUUGAUGAGCUGGAGAAAAUAUCUUACUGCUCUCGAUGUUGUCUACUUGUAGAUUGCAUAAGGCCAUCAAUGAUUGCAUGAUGAUAAAGUCCGAUAAAACGGAUACUGCUGAUUGGUAACUCGGAAAUAAGUGAUAGAAAGGACAUCCUCAGGUCAGAAGGACAACAUCAGCAUCAUCCGCACAAGAAGGAUAAGCAAAGAAACUUGGCGUCAGUCACUAAGCGGAGAAAAUGUUUUCUAGGAACUCCGUGUGUGUCGGCCAUAGAGUUCUAGAAUUAUGGAUUCCAGCAGAGGAGGUCUAGGGGGGGAGUGCACGGAGUUAAGGAACCUAUCUGGACUGUUCAAAAGGCAAACAAGCCUGUUAGCCUUGAGUAAAGUCCAAUGGGGAUCUCACACACACAAACCUAAUAGAGGCGACGGAGCUGCACGGUGUCCUGAUUGACCACUGAAAAGAAGACCCUAGAGAACAAACGUUUCGGGGAAAAGUCUGGUGUUAUGGAUCUGCUACACAGCUGGGGGGUCGAGCUGGUACUGCACCUGCAGACCAAAUACGGCGGUUACAAAGGCCUUUUUAGUUUUGCUUCCACUGUGGCUGACCUGCACACGACCUUCUUCUUUUUCUUCCCUAUCUGGUUCCAUCUGCGGCGGGACAUGGCCAUCCGGCUCAUCUGGGUGGCUGUCAUCGGUGAUUGGAUCAACCUGGUCCUUAAAUGGGUUCUUUUUGGAGAGAGACCAUAUUGGUGGGUUCAUGAGACCGACUUCUAUGGGGCAAAAGGGGCCCCUUUGCUGCAACAGUUCCCGAUUACAUGUGAAACUGGACCAGGAAGUCCUUCUGGUCACGCAAUGGGUGCCGCGGGGGUCUGGUAUGUCAUGGUGACGGCCAUACUCAACAUUGCGGCAAAGAAACGAUGUCUACCGUCUCUGUACAAAUUCCUGCGUUUGGUUCUAUGGGUUGUCAUGGGUCUGGUGGUGCUGGUAGUUUGCAUGUCCAGGGUCUACAUGGCAGCCCACUUCCCGCACCAAGUCCUCGCCGGGCUGGUCACAGGCAUUAUGGUGGCCGAGGUCAUGUCAAAGGUGAAAUGGAUCUACAGUGCCAGGUUCAGGACGUACGCCGUCACCACCCUCUUCUUGACCUUCUUUGCCGUGGGCUUCUACCUGCUGCUUAAAGCUCUUGGUGUGGACCUUCUGUGGACCAUAGAGAAGGCCCAAAGGUGGUGCACCAGGGCUGAAUGGGUGCACAUGGACAGCACGCCGUUCGCCAGCCUCCUACGAAACAUGGGCAGCCUUUUGGGUCUUGGACUGGGCCUGCACUGGCUGCCUCCGCUCGGCACCUCGGGUGCUUUCAAGACGGGGUGCGUUGUCGUCUCUCUAGGGCUGCUUGGGGUUUUGGACUCAUGGACAUUUUCCUCUGAGAACCUUGUGGCUUUCUACUGCUUGUCCUUCGGUAAGAGCGCGGUUGCACUUUUAAUACCGACCGCGUUGGGCCCUCGGGCGCUCCGCUGGAUCAUCACAAAAGGUGCAAGCAGUAAAAACUUGUGAUCAGUGGGAUUGAUUUUUGUGUUGAUUACGCACAUGGGACCUUUUAGCUAAUGCUAGUGUGUUAGCAUGGAAAAUGUAGUCCAGUUUUGUUGUUUUGCUAAGAGUUAUUGUCUUGUGUACACAUGCCGGAUGCUUCAAAAUAGUUUGGAUUUAAAGUACAAGCUAGCCAUUAGCUAAUUGGCUAUAUGCUAAGCGCUUCAUUAUAGUUAAUCUCAAAUGGUCAGGGGCGUGCAGAGGGAGGGACCAAUGGGGCGGCGGGACUAACGGGGUGGCGGGAUCGAUGACCCCCGGAGCUUAAUGGUCAAAAAUAUAAAUACCAGCGGUCAAGUUAGCGACACGCUAAGCGAUUGUCUUUGCUGUUUCAUUUGUUUCCUAUCUUAAACUUCCUUUUGUUUUGAUUCUUUUAAGUGUAUAGAACAACUCAAAUGUCAGUGUCCUAGUUCUAUUUUUGCUCCCCAUCUUUUUUUAGCUUGCCAGUCACUGUUUGGAUUAAAAAAAAAAAAAAAAGUCAUUAGCUUACUAAUGAGAGCUACCCGUAAUAGCACAUUGUUUUUUUUCCACGGGACACUUUGCACUGAUACUGAUUAAUUGUGCACAUUAAACAUUAACCCAAGCAUGCGUCGCUCACUCGGCCGGCCAACAUAGUGACACUGCCUCCACCAUACGGCCACGUGGGGUCAUGA